AUGUCUUGCGGCCAGUCAAACCUCCCUGUCCCUUUAAGCGAUUUGAUACGCCGUCCCCAGAACCCAGAACCCCAUCCCAACCCCUCCGGUAUUCAAAAGUCCAGCCGCAAGCGCAAAAAGCAGCAACCUCCCGCACCCCUUCCCCCCACCAAGAACCGCAGUAGUGGCACCCAAGUCCGACAAAUCAGAAAUCUUCCAGGGGCCGAUGGUCGUCACCACCCUCUACCCAGCACAGCUUUGCCCUCCGCGAUUGAUAAUUUGGAACAAGUUGCUAAUCAAACCUCUUCCGAAGACCACCAUCUCAGUCUCCAUGAAGCGCUUAAUAGCAUAGCUCCUAAAAAAACCGGUAAACGACUUCGUACCCGUGAGGAAGAUGGUCGUGUCCCCCAACCGGAACCUUUGACCGAUGAGGAGGUGCUAUCGCAUACAGCUGUUCGACGUCCCAACAGAUGGAAUCGCUUUCUUCAGCAACUAUCAGCUCGCAAUAAAUUCCGUGGAGUUGGGAAAGGAGUAGGCAGGCACCGUGUUGGUAUGGCUGAAAUCUCUGUGCUUUACAAGCGAUACCGCGCGCGGAAGAAAAUUCCUGGAACAGACAACUCCAAUACCACACCUGCCAGUCGGAGCCCUUCCCCAGAGGCUGAGCUUACUCCGUCAGAAUUGGCCCUAGACGAUGAUUCAGAUACCGAGCAAGAUUCUCAUGCGGAGAGAGCCUCUCCUCCGGCCAGUGAUCUAAGAGGUUCCAUCUCGCUUGCACGGGCAGCCAGUACAGUGGAAAGCUAUUUAGCAAACUGGGUAAUCCAGGCAAACUCUAUUGCCCAGACUUGCAACUGCAAGAUGAUACUUUUUGCAGUAUCCACACACCUUGGUCGACACUCCUUUCAGAUUACAAAAUCGACUCAUCGUGCUGUACCGUUUGUUGAUCUUGCAGACAAUGUCGAUCAGCCCAACACCUACCCAGCUCGCUUUCAGGCAAGUUUGGUUGGUACUACACCCUCAGAAACCGCAAAGCCAAAAACACCCCCUCGUCGGGUCCGCCCUCCACGCCCUAAUGUGACCGACCAAAUGAUUGCAUUUGCAGUUGCCAAAACCAACAACGCCAUCAAUCACUGGCUGUGGUCAAACAAUCAAUGCGCACUUGCUUCUGCCGGUUACAGAUUGGUCACAGAUCCCCGGAUGCGAACCCCUGUAGAGAAGAUCACCUCACCAAGUUGUUGGCUCACUGUGAAGUAUAUUCGCAGUCUGUAUCUUGACCUUGAUGAUGGUUACAUCAAUCUUCUGCCCCUCGAACCAGCCACCCCUUAG